AUUUGAUAGAAACUACAAAAACAUGUACGAAAACAAAAUUUAUUAAUGAAAUCAAUUUCAUUAAUAACUAGAAGUGAAUUUCAUUAUUUUUGGACAUAAUUAUUUAUAAAAAAGGACAUGAGGAAUUGCAAAAUACUAUUUGUGAAGGUUUAAUAUGGAGUUUACAUAAUUAUGAAACUAGUACACAUAUAUAUUUGACAGGGCAUACAUACCUGUCGAAAUUUGAUUGAUUGCAAAUGACCAAUUAAUAAAAAAUUUGGUUAGACAUUGAUGUUGAUUUAAACGAAAGGAUAUUUUUGGAAAGUUUAAUUUUGUGUCAUAAUGAAUUUUUAUUUGUUGCAAUUGUGUUUUGUGUAUUUGAUUUUCGUGAAUCUGAUACAAGGAUACCCGAAUGGAGCUCCAAGGACAGAAGAUUCAUGUCUUAAUUUACAACCAAUACAUUCUGACCCUACCACUAAUCAGCAGUUUCCAAACCAACAAGGUCCGGCACCCUUCAGAAUAGAAUUAUCUACAGGAGUUUACCAACCGUGUGUAAUGCCAAUAGACUGUCGACGAGCUCCUCUUACAGUUACGAUUCGUGGGCUUUCUCGUUAUUUCCGAGGAUUUAUAAUUCAAGCCAGGACAGAGUUCGGAGGUGUAAAAUCUUUUGGCAAAUUUAUCCCAUUGGGAAACAUGGUGUCUAAAACUGUUGCUUGUCAAAAUGGACAAUCUCUGACUCAUUCCACAAACAACGACAGAACAGUUGUACAAUUCCAAUGGCUUCCUGAACCUAACAUGAGAGAAUCCUUCCGGUUCUUAUCUACAAUUGUUCAGGAUCUAAGAACGAUCUACACCGAUGUGAUGUCAACAGAAAUAAAUCCUAUAGGCAUUGUACGCCAAGAUAACGAACGAAAAACAUCAAACGUUAUUCAGCAACCACUCUCUGGGCCUCGUAAAAUGUUUAUUCUAAAGCCGUCUCCACAAGAACCAUUUGAUUACACUUGGAGAAGUAAUCCGAGAAAGGUUCCGUCAUCUUCCUUGCGGCAGAUUAUUCCAAAUCAGCAAGUUAACAGUCGGUCGUUAAAUCAGCCAGCAAAUCCAAAUGUACUUUCCUCUAGUUUGCAGAGCCAGUCAAAUCAGCAACCAAAUAAUAGAAUUAUUGGAAAUGUCAGAAGUAAUGUACAACAAAUUGCUUCUGAAACGAAUAACGGGGUGCAAUCUCCAUCAACGAACAAUAUUGUCCAACCAUCGUUAAAUAGUUUAACUAAUAUGCAACGUUUACAACCUGCUUUAAACACAGGCCCAACUAAUAUGAUUCAAGCACGUAAUCAAUUGACUGGAGCGCAAACAUCCUUAAUUUCUAGUAACCAACAAGUAACAAACUCUAGAACUUCAAUGAAGAAAAGUUUAUCUUUACAAAGAAAUCAACAAAUAAUGAUACCUGUGUCUACAAAUAGACAAAUAACAUCGAACAUUUUACCAAAUGAGCAGCUUAACUCAGUAAAUAUAAGUAAUCAAAAUUUGCCUGUGCGUUCACCAUCGGUACAACAAUCGACAAGUAAACAACAACCUAACAGUUUACUAAUCUUAACAGGUGGGGCACAAAUAAGUGAUCCGAAAAUGAAAUCAGUAUCUACUGAUCUUACGAAUCCAGGAAUGUUACCCGAUAUUCAACCAGAAAUUGUAGCGCAGACAAUCGAAGUAAGAACGACAAUUCGGACUCCACCGCCAUUACCAAUUUCGAAAACAAUAUCAAUGGGAGUAACCACUAACCCAGUUACUAAGCUUAACCGUAUUAAUCAAACUACUAAUUUAGCCAAGUCAAUUAACAGUAUUGGAGAACGGCAAUCUAAUAACUUAGCGGCGUCUAUAAGAAAGGAUAAUGAAUUUCGUCAACUUAAUGAUGACGGCAAGAAUUCUGGAUGCACAGCUGUGAUAUCUACCUUAGUUAUGUUAAUACCUCUUGUUUGUAUAAUUCUGUAAUAAAUAAGAUUGGUCUGUUUUAA